AUUUUUCAAAGUUUUAUAGUCAAAACACUUCCGGAAAAGAGAGAAAAAUAUCCUGACCAAACGGCCGUAAGUUUGACGUCCUUCCUUCAAUUUUCAUAAAAGAAAACCCCUUAUUAUAACGCCUGUGAAAAAUUGAACCAGCAGCUAAAAGUGCCCUUCUCCACGGCGGACCUCCGUUGCUAACGGCGGCAUCCAUUUCAACCGACGCCGAAGUGAGUGCCAAAACUUACAAUUUCCCAGAUAUGCCGAAGAAGAGUAACGGAAAUUCCGACAACCACGACGGAGACGAGCCGGAGAUUUUCGUCAUUUCAUCUUCCAGUACCGAAUCACAAGACUCCGUUGAAAACGAGGAAGAAAGCGACGGCGCACAGAGUGUUGACAACGAGUAUGUAAUCGAUUCGGACGAAGAAGAAGAGGAGGAGGAGGAAGAAAACGUGGUGGAGAGCAAAAAGGAUUUGGACGUAGAGAAGAAGGUUUAUAGAAGACAUGGGAAGAAAGAAGAUGAAAAUGAAGGAAAAAAGGGGAAGAAAACAGUGGGUAGUAGUGAGCAGAGCGAGAGUGAGAACUUGAAAACAUAUAUGAGAAAGAAGAAGAACCAAAAUGAGGAGGAAAAAGAAGAGGAGGUUGAAGAAAAGGAACAAAAUGUCCCUGCGAAUAUGGCUAAAAGAAAAAAGGAGAAGAAUGAUAAGGCAAAGAAGGAAGAUAAAGUGAAAGAAGAAAAAAUACGCAAAACGUCAAAGAGCAAUGAGGACUCUAGCCGUGGAGGCAAAAAUGAAAAGAAGAACAAGAAGGAUGAGAAGAGGGAAGUAGCAAAUAAGGCAAAGAGCAAUGGAGGAGAAAUUAAGAAGGAAGAGAACAAGAAGAAGAGAAGGGAAGAAAAAGGAGAAAGAGAAGGACAAUCAGCAAAAAAGGCCAAGAGCAAUGGAGGUAAAAUUGAGAAGGAGGAGAACAAGAAAAAGAAAAGGGCUGAAGAAGGAGAAACUGAAGGAAAAUCACCAACAAAAGCCAAGAGCAAUGGUGAUUUAAGUCAAUUGAAAAAAGAAGAGAAAAAGACGAAGAAAACACAAAAUAAGAAGGAAGGAGGUGAAGAGGCCGAAGAGAAGCUAGUGAAGAAGUCAAAUAGUAAUGGAGUUGCAAGUCCAGCUACAAAGGAGAAGAUGAAAAAGGAUAAGGAAAAGGAGAGUAAAGCAAAUAAUGGGAAGGUAAAUAAUGAAGCGAGGAGCAAUGGUACCCCUCAAAAAAAUGAGGAGAAGAAAUUGAAGGCAAAGAAGAAAAGGGAUGAUGAUGAGGAGAAUGAGAAGAGUGAGAGUGCACUUUACCAAUUUCCCCAAAAUCGAAUAUAUCGGAUAAUAAAAAAUGAAAAUGCUGAUAUUAGGAUGUUACAAGAAGCAACCUUUGUUGUUAACAAAGCUACGGAGAAAUUUCUUGAACUAUUCUGCAGGGAGGCUUAUGCUUGUUCUUUUCUGGAUCGCAACAGUUAUGUUGGAUACAACCAUCUCUCUUUGGUCGUCUCCAAAAGACCCAGAUUUGACUUUCUUUCAGAUUUUGUUCCCCAGAAAGUAAGAGCUGAAGAUGCUUUGGGUGAAAUCCCCAAGGCUGAGGAGUCGUGAUCACUCUGAUCCAGAGCUGUUGAUGCCUUGUACAAUUUAUUGUUGUUCGUACAAGACAGACUUUUUGCACCAGCUAUUGAGAGAACAUUAGAGAAAUGGGGAAAAAAACCUGGGGUUCAGGGGUACUUUCGCUUUAAUCAAAUUGGUUUCCGAUUUGUGCAGCUUAUGCCCGUAAAUAAAAAUGUAUUAAAUCUCUAAACUCUUGAAGCUUAGCUAGACUUAAAUGGUAGAUAUUGACGAGUUCUGAUCAGGUAUUGUGUAUCUUAAUGUCAUGUGUUACGCGAAAUCAUAAUAUAAUAUUUGUAGGUAAAACCUGAUAAUUGUAAUGUGCAUCUGAGCUUCUGUUAAAGAGACAUUUUCGAAGCUUAA